GUUUGCAUGCGCUCAGUGCGCUGCUUUAAAGCAUCAGAGAAGACGACGCUUCCUGGUUCGACCCUUCUGCGCACAAGCCGAUUGUAAUGGGGGCCUUGGAGAUUGUUGGAUUGUGUCUACUUUCCUUUCUCCUCUACUCUGGCAACACCAUGGCUAAAGCUAGUCAAGAUAUUGACGAAUGUGUUGAUGGGACUGACAACUGCCACAUUGACGCCAUCUGCCAGAACACUCCCAAAUCCUACAAAUGCAUCUGCAAAUCUGGUUACACCGGGGAUGGGAAGCACUGCAAAGACGUUGAUGAAUGCGAGCGUGAUGACAAUGCUGGCUGUGUCCACGAAUGUGUCAACAUCCCAGGGAAUUAUCGAUGUACCUGCUACGACGGCUUCCGCCUGGCACACGAUGGCCAUAACUGCCUUGAUGUUGAUGAGUGUGCAGAGGGGAAUGGUGGCUGCCAGCAGACCUGUGUCAACAUGAUGGGGAGCUAUGAGUGUCACUGCCGUGAUGGCUUUUUCCUGAGCGAUAACCAGCACACCUGCAUCCAGCGCCCAGAAGAAGGAAUGAACUGCAUGAACAAGAACCAUGGUUGUGCCCACAUCUGCCGCGAGACCCCAAAGGGCGGCAUUGCCUGCGAAUGCCGGCCUGGCUUUGAGCUCACUAAGAAUCAGCGAGACUGCAAGUUGACCUGCAAUUAUGGCAAUGGAGGGUGCCAGCACACCUGUGACGAUACAGAUCAAGGGCCAAAGUGUGGUUGCCAUGUGAAGUUUGUGCUACACUCUGAUGGGAAGACAUGCAUAGAGACCUGCGCUGUCAAUAAUGGAGGCUGUGACAGCAAGUGCCAUGAUGCAGCAACUGGUGUGCACUGCAGCUGCCCAAUGGGAUUCAUGCUUCAACCUGACAGAAAAACAUGCAAAGAUAUUGAUGAAUGCAGGUUGAACAAUGGUGGCUGCGACCACAUCUGCAGGAACACAGUGGGCAGUUUUGAAUGCAGUUGUAAGAAGGGAUACAAGCUGCUGAUCAAUGAAAGGACCUGUCAAGAUAUCGAUGAAUGCUCCUUUGACAGAACCUGUGACCACAUCUGUGUAAACACACCAGGGAGCUUCCAGUGCUUGUGUCACAAAGGCUACACGCUAUAUGGACUCACCCACUGUGGAGAUGUUGAUGAAUGUAGCAUCAACCGAGGAGGCUGCAAGUUUGGCUGUAUAAACACCCCUGGCAGCUAUGAGUGUACCUGCCCUGCUGGGUGCAAACUUCAUUGGAAUAAAAAAGAUUGUAUCGAGCUGGUGAUAUGUUUGGCUGGCGCAGUAUCUCCACGAGCCACACUUACCUGCAACAAGAAUGGCAAAAAGGACAGCUGCUCCCUCACCUGUGCCUCCAAGGCUCGCUUUCUGCCAGAGUCUGACAACAGCUACACAGUGAGCUGCGGGACCCCAAUCCUGCGGCAGGGACCUCCGCCGAGGCCCAGCAAUGGCAGCCAUCCCUGUGUUGAGACUGUCGCUGCUCCAAUCAAACAAAAGGCUUCCUUCAAAAUCAAGGAUGCUAAAUGCCACUUGCAUCCGCGCAUGAGAGGCAAGCAGGAUGAGGCGGGCAGGAGUGGUGCACUAGGUGGGUCAGCCCCUUGCUCAGAUUGCCAGGUGACUUUUGUGAACCUAAAGUGUGACUCGUCAAAGAAGGGCAAGGGACGCCGGGCUCGCAACUCUCCCAACAAGGAGGUGACCCGCAUCACGCUGGAGUUUGAAGCUGAAAUCAAACCUGAAGAGAUCACAGCAAGCUGCAAUCUGAACUGCGUGCGGCAGAAGGUGGAGAAGAAACUGAAGUCCGCCAUCAAAGCCCUGAAGAAGUCCAUAAACCAGGAACGAUUCCUGAUCCGCUUUUCAGGAAUGGAAUAUGAGGUGGCACGGAAGCUGAGCGUGACUCCUGAGAGGCAGGAGAGCUGUGGGCCAGGACAGCAGAGAUUGGGAUCCAAGUGUGUUAGCUGCCUGCAAGGAACGUAUUACCAUGGCCAGAUGGAGCAGUGCGUCUCUUGCCCUCCAGGGACCUACCAGGAGAAAGAAGGCCAACUCUCCUGUGACCUUUGCCCUGGAAGUGAUGCUUAUGGGCCAGCUGGAGCAACAAAUAUAAGCGCCUGUGCAGGUCAGUGUCCCCCCGGCCAGUACUCUGUAGAUGGUUUCAAACCCUGCCAGCCGUGUCCACGCGGCACCUAUCAGCCCGAAGCUGGCCGAGCGUUGUGUUUCCACUGCGGUGGAGGGCUGAAUACCAAGCACGAUGGAGCUUUUUCCUUCCAGGACUGCGAUACCAAAGUUCAAUGCUCCCCAGGCCAUUAUUAUAACACCAGUGUCCAUCGCUGCAUCCGCUGUGCUGUAGGCACCUAUCAGCCAGACUUCCGCCAGAACUAUUGCAUCACAUGCCCUGGAAAUACCACCACAGACUUUGAUGGCUCGACCUCUGUGUCACAAUGCAAAAACCGUCAAUGCGGAGGGGAGCUGGGCGAGUAUACUGGUUAUAUUGAGUCACCCAACUACCCUGGAAACUACCCUGCAAAUGUGGAGUGCACUUGGAACAUCAACCCACCUCCAAAGCGCAAGAUUCUCAUUGUGGUGCCUGAAAUCUUCCUGCCAUCUGAGGAUGAAUGUGGGGAUGUCCUGGUCAUGCGGAAAAACUCCUCUCCUUCCUCCAUCACAACCUAUGAGACAUGCCAGACGUAUGAGAGGCCCAUAGCCUUCACUGCAAGGUCCCGAAAGCUGUGGAUCAACUUUAAAACUAGCGAAGCUAACAGUGCCAGAGGCUUCCAGAUCCCUUAUGUCACCUAUGAUGAGGAUUAUGAGCAGCUGGUGGAGGACAUUGUACGGGAUGGCAGGCUAUACGCAUCUGAAAACCAUCAGGAAAUACUGAAGGACAAGAAGCUUAUCAAAGCUUUCUUUGACGUGCUGGCUCACCCGCAAAACUACUUCAAAUACACAGAGAAACACAAGGAGAUGCUGCCACGUUCCUUCAUCAAACUCCUCCGCUCCAAAGUUUCCAGCUUCCUCAGACCUUACAAAUAGCCUCGUGACACUUUCACCAGCCUUCCAGGCUCCUCGACAGCCAAGAAAACUUUUUCUUACACUUAUUCUUAUUUUUCAAUGACUUUUUCUACAAAUACAACCCUGCCAUUUCUCACUAUGCAGAUGACUCUAACCAUUGGUCUUUCCUUGGCUUUUCUUCAAACCAAAUUCACCAAUGACGUUGUCCAGGGAAGGAGCAACUGGCAGCCAUGAGGGAACUAAAUCCCAUCCCCUGUGCUUUCCGUACUGAAGUCUCAGCCUACGGAGAUCACAUAUCCCAGUAAGUGAUGCCCUCUUCACAAGUGGCCUCUACUGGGACCUGUAACUCCAGGGCAGUUUCAGCCUUCUCCCAUAUAUGCAAAUUAUGUGCAGCCCCUUGUGCUGUAGGGUGGUUGUCAAAGAGGACAUGUGGGUACAUCUCUCUGCAUGACUGUCCGUUUAUAGAAAGGGACACCCCUGCUACCAUAUCAUGUCUCUGGCUGCUGGGACACAGACAAAAUGGUGUGGGUGGGUGUCUUUGAGCAGCUACUAAGCAGUGGAAUUGGUCCAGCUGAACUCUUUUGUAAAGAACUGGGGGCAAAGGACACCCAGAAUGCAGAAGGUUAUGCCUUAUUUAUCAGACUGUUUUGUUU